GGUGGUAAUCGUACUGUGAAUUGCCUCGAAUCUCGUAAAAUUGGCGCCCGAGGCCCUGUUUUGGAUAUAAAUAAAACGAAAUGGUCAAAUUAACAUUUUGAAACAUUUAAUCUACGCAUUAAAGGCAUCGAUACAGACGGCGGGAGGAAUUUGUAGUGUUGUUACAGUAGAUCUCAGUAUUAUCGAAGCAGAAGGGAGUUAAUUGCUCGGAGGAUCAUGAGUGAGCUGGAGCAGUUGCGGCAGGAGGCGGAGCAGCUGCGCAAUCAGAUCAGAGAUGCCAGGAAAGCAUGCAGCGACUCCAGCCUGUCCCAGAUUACAGCCGGUCUGGAUUCAGUGGGAAGGAUCCAGAUGAGGACGAGGCGGACCCUUCGAGGCCAUUUAGCCAAAAUCUACGCCAUGCACUGGGCCACUGAUUCCAGGUUACUAGUUAGUGCCUCACAAGAUGGCAAACUCAUCGUCUGGGACAGCUACACCACAAACAAGAUUCAUGCCAUUCCUUUACGGUCAUCAUGGGUGAUGACUUGUGCCUACGCUCCCUCCGGGAACUAUGUAGCCUGUGGAGGCCUGGACAACAUCUGCUCCAUCUACAGCCUUAAAACUCGCGAGGGCAACGUCAGAGUCACCAGAGAACUACCUGGACACACAGGCUAUCUGUCCUGUUGUCGCUUUUUGGAUGAUAGCCAGAUAGUUACCAGCUCUGGCGACACCACAUGUGCGCUGUGGGACAUUGAGACCGGUCAGCAGACUACCACGUUCACAGGGCACAGCGGAGACGUGAUGAGCCUGUCCCUCAGCCCAGACUCCAGGACCUUCGUGUCGGGUGCCUGUGACGCGUCCUCCAAACUGUGGGACAUCAGAGACGGAAUGUGCAGACAGUCUUUCACCGGACACGUGUCGGAUAUCAAUGCUGUCUGUUUCUUCCCGAAUGGUAACGCAUUCGCCACUGGCUCCGAUGAUGCCACUUGCAGGCUGUUUGACCUUCGUGCGGACCAGGAACUGAUGAUGUAUUCUCACGACAACAUCAUCUGUGGCAUAACCUCUGUUGCCUUCUCCAAGAGUGGCCGGCUUCUGCUAGCCGGCUACGAUGACUUCAACUGCAAUGUGUGGGACACGUUAAAGGGGGAGCGUGCAGGUGUUCUAGCUGGGCACGACAACAGGGUCAGCUGUUUGGGUGUGACCAGUGAUGGCAUGGCUGUGGCCACUGGUUCUUGGGACAGCUUCCUCAGGAUAUGGAACUGACCUCACUGGGUGGGACUCUAGGGAACCACUCUUUCCAAUCACAGUCACUGUAGUGCACCGCUGCCACGCAGGACCGCCCCCUUUCCUUCUCCCGUCUACAAAUGGCCUGGUUUUCUUCAGCUUCUCUUUCUUAGACCACACUAUCCUUCCAUCCUGCAGUCAGUCAAAGAGACAAGGACCAGCAUAGAAGACCCUCCACUGGUUCUCUCUCUGUCUCUAGGGCUCAUGUCAGACUUGAGGUGGAGGACAGACUGUAUUCUGUAUAUAUCAGUCAUUCUUCGUGCUUGUAUGUAUAACAUAUGCACUUCUGACAGUGUUUGGAUGUUCUGACGUGUGGGUACUUGUGCUCCAGUCUCUCUGUUUUCUUUUCCUGCUUAAAGAUUCUUAAAUUUUUGCCCCAAUAUGUGCCACGUGCAGAGGCUAAUGUACUGAACGGAAGGACGAUUUGUGAGGUAGAGAUGAGGCUGACACAAGGUUGUAGGCCAUUGCUUUAGUCUUGUUGCUUCUGUGUUUGACCUCUGCUAAAGGGACGCUUCACCCUGAAAUUAAAAUAGUUUAUGUUGUGUUGUUUUAAAUCCAUUUGAUUUUACAAGCAGCACACUGGAAGGAUCAGACUAACUAAGCCUGCCUUACAUUCUUUUGUGUUCCACCAAAAAAGGCAUGUUUCAGUUUCGGUGAACUAUAGCAUUUAACUUGGCCAAAUGUGUCUCUUGGUCUGUUCCAUCAUAAAUGGUUCGGUCUCGGGUUGCUAGCGUGUUGUUGUGAGAAUCACUGAUAUAACUAAGCUCAUAUUUGCCGUCCUUUAAACCUGACAAGUGUUUGGCCUGUUUUAGUGUAACAGACUGCAUUACUGACUGCUGAAGAGAAUUUAACUCCAACCCAUGUCUUGUGAUGGUUCCAUAUUGUCACUAGGGCUCAAAAGUGCUUCAAUGAGCCAACUAGACACAUGUAUUACAGAAUGAUGGUUAAGCUUGGGUUGAAUGGUUUUGUUUUGCCAAACAAUAGGUCACAGCUUCUGCCGAAUCUGACUUUCAGCCUUCCCACACACUAUUAACACCUGCCCAUUUGAGAUGAGAAUCUAGGACUGUAUGCUUUUGCACUAGAAGAUAGUCACGUAACACAGCACACACUGAUGUUUCUGCCCACGUUUGAAUCUGAAUUUAAUGAUGUAGUGCUUUGGGUGUAUGACAAGCUGAAAACCCUAAGACCACAAGCUACACUGUGCGUAUAUUUCACAAAUGUGAGUGGUGAAUGUGUCUUUUCCCCAUGUCAGAAAAAAGAUUCAGAAAGUAAGCCUUAAUGUCAUAAAUCACUUGAACGUCAACAUCAUCAUCAUUCAUUUUGUGCCAAUCGAUACAAAUGAACUCGAUCAGUCUGGAGGUUUUUUGUAUUCGUUUUAAAAAUUGUAUCUCUUCUACUUGUCUUUUAAUUCUAGUUGUUGGACUACACACAGGAUUUGGGGCAUUUUAGCCAUUUCUGAGGUACUAACAAUGCUUGCAGGUUUUAUUAUCCGUUUAUGAUACUAGAAUGCAUUGAGUGUUCUGAAUGGAUUGAUGUUGUGUUUCAUGCCUUCGUCUCAUGACUUUGUUGUUCAACAGAUGAACUUUUGUUAAGCAUUUUAAUCUUUCAUUAAUCAUGCGGUUAGUUGUGCUAUGAAAGGACAUUCAAACAAAUAAAGGAAACUAAGUGAUGUUCCUCAGGUGUUUACAACAUUAAGACGCUUAAGUUGAGGUACAUGAAGUUGAAUCAAUGUGAAUGUAAAAUGUGUUUCAGCCUAAAAUGAGUCAGUAUAACAAACAUACCAUAGAUUCAAGAGGGAUUGUGGUCAUGGAAUGACAAGCAUUUAACUUUAAGUUAGUCUUAAUGAAAUGUUCUGGGUUCAAUUCUGAUUCUUUCAACGGUGCAGACUUUACACAGAGACCAUUUCUAUUACAGCAGUGCCAUGUAUACUUGUAAGAAAUUACAAUGUUAAUUGUAGUCCAGUGCAUUUACAGUACAUCUUCCUUGCAUUUACUGUAUAAUGUUCAUCAGAAACAUGCAUCUGGACUUGUGAAGGUGUAAACCUUGUGGUCCAUACAAUCAGAAUAACAAGGGGCAUCAUUUCCUAGAUUCCCAUUAUUAAUCAUGACAGUCCUAUGGUGACUUCUCUUUACUGUGAUAUGUUUGUUACUACAGUACCUAGAGUUUUUUUUUGUGGUAAUCAAUAUAAUGCCACAAAUACUGUCAGUAGUUUUCUUAUUGAACAUGGAACAUUUCUUUAAGCAUACUUGUAACAUUGAAACCCCACUUUCAGUGAACAUAGCUGUAAGGAGCAAGCUACAGACUAUCCUAUGGAUAUUUCCGCUAGCUAACUGAGCCUUAUCCUAUGGAUAAGAUCACACACUGUGCUAGCCAGGCCACAGUCCACUGACUCUGAAAAAAUCAGCUUGCUCCCUCAAAGCUGUUCACAAAAUGAAAUCUAAACGAUUUCUGAUUCACUGCAUAUCGAAGUGCUCUAAAUAAUGGCUUUUAUGGAGUUAGAAGAACCGAAUCAGUGUGAACAAAGGUAACUGUGAAAAUGAUUUUAAAUCUGAAAUGUUAGAACUAUCAUACUACAAUGAUGUGGCUUCUGUAAUAUCCUGCUCUUUCUCAAUCAGCUUUUCUUUCAUUUACAGUAGACACUCAACCUGUGAUAUGAGCCCUGAGUAUUUAUAUUUUCCAACAAUGGCUUAAUUUGCAACGUUCGCUUUCCAAAUGUGCUGGCCUCAUUGUUGGAGGAAGUGAGCGGGAGCUUUAGUUUGUGAAUCGUAACUAGGCCAUGGUUGUUUUUGCUGAGGUGCUUGUGCUGCCAAACGUUACUGAAAUUGCUGCACUGUAACCUAGAGGAAGAUUUCCUCAUCGCAGCAAUUCACGUCAAUCAUGUGAUCACAAUACUACAAAGUGCUCUGCCCUCAGCUUUAAAAUUGAAAGUGUAACAGAGGUAAUGCAGCCUUCAUUUGCUGUUGCACGAGCAUAGGUUUAGGGGGUUUAACGGUUUUGGCACUCACCAAAAAGCAAAAUAUUUGUUGUGUUAUUUGUUUUCACUUGAAACUAUUUGAGCACAGCAGGAACUUUAUAUGGUUUAUAAAACAAACUCAAAAAGCACACAGACAACCGAAGUGCAAUCUUGCAAGCAUCUAGCACCCAACGCUCAAAACACAUUGUGGUUACCCAAAAAAACAAAGUAUGUGUAAUUUAAGUGGUUUUGAUGUAUUUUAUAUAGAUUCCAGCGGUAGAUAGUCAAAAUAUGGAAAGUCAGUUCAAUGCGCCUGUAAAUUACAAAAAGAGCGAUCCUAGCUGGCUUAAUGAUGGACAACAAGUAUCUGGAUGGUCCUACAUAUGCUGUAACUAUCUGAUUAAAAACCUAAUAAUUUAGUUUUUCAUUAACGUCAUCUGUAAUUCUGAGUUCUGCUGUUCUGUUUGAUACAUGUAUUGUGGACUUGAACAACAACAGCAGACAUAACUGCCUCUCGACUCUUAACACAUUCCUGUUAAUUUAACUGCUUUAUUGAAAACAAAUUUGUAUUAUAUCAUUAUGUUGGUUCUGAAAACAAUGAUCACUUGCUGUGGGACCUUUUUACAUCUUUUUUUAACACCCAGAAUUGAUUUGUACUUGUAAAGUGGCAGUGACACCUGUUACUAUUUGUUCUCAUAACCAAUAAAGGCUUUUCAUC